AUGUUAAAAUUCUUUUUUAAAAAGUAAUUAAAUAAUCUCAUUUGCAUGUAACAAUCUUAAAUCGUAAAAAAGAUCAAUCUCACAGAUAAAGAGAAUCAAAUCUUGAAUACUAUAAUGUAAUUUCGAAAUGACACCAAUAUACAAUCAGUUUUAAGGAUAGCAGGUGGAUGGGUAAGAGAUAAAUUAAUGGGCAAUGAAUCUCAUGAUAUAGAUAUUACUAUAGAUAAUAUGAGUGGUGAAUAGUUUGUAUAGAAAAUGAAGGAAUAUUUUGAAUCAAAAAAUAUCAAAGUGAGUGGUUUUGGAGUAACAAGAUUAAACCCAGAAUAAUCAAAGCAUUUAGAGACUGCUUGUAUAAAAAUAUUAGAUCAAUCUAUUGAUUUUGUUAAUCUAAGAGGAGAAACCUAUACAGAAGAUUCAAGAACUCCUGUAAUUAUUGUAGGUACUCCAGAAUAAGAUGCAUUUAGAAGAGAUUUAACUAUUAAUUCUUUAUUUUACAAUCUUAAUACUCAAGAAAUAGAAGAUUUUACUAAAAUGGGAUUGCAAGAUCUUCAAAAUGGAAUUAUUAGGACUCCAUUAGAUCCUUAUAUUACAUUUAAAGAUGAUCCCUUAAGAAUAUUAAGAACAUUUAGAUUUGCAACAAGAUUUGGAUUUUAAAUUGUUGAAGAAAUUCCUAAAGUGAUUGCAUUAUAAGAUGUUAAAAAAGCAUUGAAAACUAAAGUAAGUAGAGAAAGGAUUGGUAUUGAAAUGGAUUGGAUGUUAAAAUCAUCGAAAUGUCUUUAAGGAUUAAAUUAAUAUCAUUAACUUGGACUUUGGCAUAUUAUUUUUGAAUUGCCUAUUCUUCAGCAACAUCAAUGUAGUGUCAAAGUUGAUGACUAAGGAAAAUAUCAUUUAGAUUCAUAUGAAUGUUUGUAAAAUCUAUACAAAUUAAAACAUUUCCCUUAAUUUCAAAAUAUUUAUGGUUUUGAGAGUCAGGAAUAAUUUAAUUUUUAUAUACAUUUAUGUAGCAUUUGUAUGCCUUAUGAAAAAAUUAUUUAUAAAAAAGGAAAACAAAUGGAAAGUGCAAUCAUUUAUAUAGUUGCAGAAUCCUUAAAAGUAUAAUAAUUUAUUUAUUUUUUAGAUGCCUAGAAAGUAAACUGAUGAUGUCUUCAAUGCAUGUAGAUUAGUAGAAUAAUUCAAACUAUUAAAAAAUGAAUAGAUUAAUAACAACUUUAAAAACUUAGGUAAAUUAUUUUAAUUAAAAAUAGUCAACUUUUUAUUAGAAGCCAAAUACUUAUGGGAAUUAAUCAUAUAUUUAGAUUAUUUAUAAGAAUAUAUGAAAAAUCCUGAUACAUCAUUUUAAUUUCAUUAAGAAUUUAAAAAUUUCAUCUAUUCAUAAAAUUUAUAAGAAUUUUAUAAUGUAAAAGCCUUGAUUGAUGUAAUUUAUGAUAAUUAUUUAUUAGGGUAAUGAAAUAAAAUAAAUUUGGAAUGUAGAGGCAAAAAAAAUAAAAGAAGUCAAAUAAAACAUUUUAAUAUGGUAAGCAAUGAAUCCGAAGGCAACUAAAGAAGAUCUUUAAUAAUAUAUUUAAUAAAAUAAAGAAUAAUUCGUGGUUAAUUAAUGA